GGAAGAGAGAGAGAGAGAGAGAGAGAGAGAGAGAGAGAGAGAGAGAGCAAAAGAGAGAGAAGGAAAGUGAGAGACAUGGGAGAGAGAGAGAAAGGAGAGAAAGAAAAGGGGAGUUAUUAAGGGGGGCAGCAGAAAAAGAUUGUCUCAGAGUCGUCAGCAGAAGUGAUGGACUCAGCACAUAGAAAGUGAAAGUCUUCUCCUACCGGGCUACAGAGAGCACACUGACCAGACAAUGCUGGCCUCUCACUGCCUGCUGCUCUCUCACUGCCUCUGACGAAACUACCCAUUACAUCUAACACAUUUGGAUGUAUUCUCUUUUAAUUGCCAACUAUUGAGUGACAGGGUUUACUCAGGUGCCAAAGAGCAAGUGAUCCAGAAAGAGAGGGACAGCCCCAAGCAGCUUUUACACAGACUGGUGAUGACUUUCUUCAAGGGGACACGUCAAUCAGUGUUGCCGGGAGGGCAAGGGAACUGAAGGGAAAACCAGCUACAGUCUACAAUUAUCUGGGUGUGUGUGAGUGAGAGCCCUUCCCAGACUGAUGGAGCUCCCCGUGGUGCUGCUGUUCCUAGUGUAUGGUCUUGUCUCUGGAGCCAAGCAGCCCCAGGGUCCGAGGAACCCUCAGGAGAGCAACCCCCAGGUCAGGAGCAAGGAAAGGGAGAGUAGUGAGGAUGGCCUGGAGAGAGCGUUCCUGUAUGCUGGGCAGAGGAGCAGGCGAGCCGCCGCCGAACCCCAGCAGCCCGACAAGUGUUCCUACACCUUCAUCGUUCCCCAGCAGAAGGUGACAGGGGCCAUCUGUGUGAACCGCAAGGAGCCGGAUGCAGCGCUGGAAAACCGCGUCAGCAAGCAGGAACUGGAGCUGCUGAACGUGGAGCUGCAGAAGCAGAAGAAUCAGAUCGAGACGCUGCAGCAGCUGGUUGAGGUGGACGGAGGUAUCGUCAACGAGGUGAAGCUGCUGAGGAAGGAGAGCAGGAACAUGAACUCCAGGGUGACCCAGCUCUACAUGCAGCUGCUACACGAGAUCAUCAGGAAGAGGGACAACGCCCUGGAGCUGUCGCAGAUGGAGAACCGUAUCCUCAACCAGACCUCGGAGAUGCAGCAGCUCACUAACCGCUACAAGGACCUGGAGCACAAGUACCAGCACCUGGCUACUCUGGCCAACAACCAGUCGGUCCUCAUCGCCCUGCUGGAGGAGCAGUGCCAGGGUCGGCCCGUCAGCCCCCCUCGCCCUGUUCCCGUCCCCCAGCCAAGGCCACAGCCCCCACCCCCACCUGCACCAUCACCACCCAUCAACAAGCCCUACCAACCUCCCACCUACCCACGCCUCACCAACCAGAUCACCAACGAGAUUCAGAGUGACCAGAAGUCUGUACUGCCUGUCAUUCCUACCAUGCCCAGCGGCACAGGCAGCCCCUCUAUCACUACCAAACCCUCUGGGCCAUGGAAGGACUGCCUUCAGGCCCUUGAGGAUGGCCACACGGCCAGUGGCAUGUACCUGGUGAAGCCAGAGAACGCCAACAAACUAAUGCAGGUGUGGUGUGACCAGAGACACGACCCUGGUGGCUGGACCGUCAUCCAGAGGAGGCUGGACGGAUCAGUCAACUUCUUCAGGAACUGGGAGACUUACAAGCAAGGCUUUGGGAACAUUGAUGGAGAGUAUUGGCUGGGCCUGGAGAACAUCUACUGGCUGACCAACCAGAGGAACUACAAGCUGCUGGUGACUCUGGAAGACUGGUCUGGGAGGAAGGUGUUUGCAGAGUAUGCCAGCUUCAGGCUGGAGCCUGAGGCAGACUUCUACAAGCUCAGGGUGGGCCGCUACCAUGGCAACGCCGGAGACUCCCUCACCUGGCACAAUGGCAAACAGUUCACUACGCUGGACAGAGACCAUGAUGCAUAUACAGGUAACUGUGCCCACUACCAGAAGGGAGGCUGGUGGUACAAUGCAUGUGCCCAUUCUAACCUCAACGGAGUAUGGUACAGAGGAGGACACUACCGCAGUCGCUACCAAGAUGGAGUCUACUGGGCUGAAUUCAGAGGAGGUGCCUACUCCCUGAAGAAAGUAUCUAUGAUGAUAAGACCGAACCCAAACACCUUUCAUUAAAUAUCCAUAAACAAGACCAAGUAGCCCCUUUUCAAAACGACUUCCUCUCCGCAAAAACCUCAAUUCGACCAACUCUUGAACUCUGAAAUAAAGGCAUCUUACACAGCCAGAUCAAGACGAUGAUGACAUAGAAAGUGCAAUAUCUAAGCCUCAGGCAGGACUCUUGGUGGAGCAAUAAAGGAGAAGCAGGGUGCAUCCUGUUUCUCCACAGACGAACACAUGUAACGGUGUGGCUGUAUGCUUGCUUCUCUCCCUUUAAAUUUAGUUCAAAUGUGUCUGUUGACCUAACUUUUGAGCAAAGUGUACUACUGCCUUAGAACUGAUGGUACGGUGUGAUUCAUAUGGGGCGGCAGGGUAGCCUAGUGGUUAGAGCGUUGGACUAGUAACCGGAAGGUUGAAAGUUCAAAUCCCCGAGCUGACAAGGUACAAAUCUGUUGUUCUGCCCCUGAACAAGCAGUUAAUUAACCCACUGUUCCUAGGCCGUCAUUGAAAAUAAGAAUUUGUUCUUAACUGACUUGCCUAGUAAAAUAAAAAGGUAAAAAAAAAUGGGAGAAAACAGGAGUGUAUGUCAGUUCACAGUGCUCACACUAAGUAGCUUGGAAUAGCAAUCUUAUAUUGUAGUCUGUAUGUUUUAUAGUGCAGAACAUAAUUUUAUGAGAAUGAAGAUGACGCAGGACAUUAUAUCCAGUGACUAACCUUAUGGUGUUUAAAUCAAGCUCUUCAGGUGAGUAAUUUAUAGGAAACAAUAAUCACAUUUCUUAAACCAUGGUAUAGACAGGUACUCUUAAUAUGUUAGCCAUAAUCUUUGUCAACAUACACAAUCUAAUGUCUAUCACUUAUGUAAAAGGCGGAAUAGAUACAAGAGUCUGCUCUACAGCACUAGUACUGUCAACAGUUAUGACCUGAUAUCUGGCUUACAAACUCAAAGUAACUAUGAUUUAGAUCAUUCCAAUGAACAUACUGCUGGUGUGGCAGAGUGCAAGGUACAGGGAAUCAUGACAACUGACUUAAUCAUACAGUGCAUUGGGAAAAUAUUCAAACCCCUUGACUUUUUCCACAUUUUGUUACCUUACAGACUUAUUCUAAAAUUAAUUAAAUAGUCCCCCCCCCCUCAGCAAUCUACACACAAAGCCCCAUAAUGACAAAACAAAAACAGGUUUUUAAGAAAGUUUUGCACAUUUAUUUAAAAAAAAUGUAAAAAAUGAAAUAUCACAUUUACAAAAUUAUUCAGACCCUUUACUUAGUACUUUGUUGAAGCCCCUUUGGCAGCGAUUCUGUCUUCUUUGGUAUGAUGCUACAAGCUUGGAACACCUGUAUUUGGGGAGUUUCUCCCAUUCUUCUCUACAGAUCCUCUCAAGCUCUGUCAUGGUUGGAUGGGGAGCGUCACUGCACAGCUAUUUUCAGGUCUCUCCAGAAAUGUUCGAUCAGGUUCAAGUCCAGGCUCUGGCUGGGCCACUCAAGGACAUACAGAGACUUGUUCCGAAGCCACUCCUGCCUUGUCUUAGCUGUGUGCUUAGGGUUGUUGUCCUGUUGGAAGGUGAACCUUCGCCCCAGUCUGAGGUCCUGAGCGCUCUGGAGCAGGUUUUCAUCAAAGAUCUCUCUGUACUUUGCUCCGUUCAUCUUUCCCUCGAUCCUGACUAGUCUCCCAGUCCCUUCCGCUGAAAAACAUCCCCACAGCAUGCCACCACCAUGCUUUACUGUAGGGGUGGUGUCAGGUUUCCUCCAGACAUGACGCUUGGCAUUGAGGCCAAAGAGUUCAAUCUUGGUUUCAUCAGACCAGAGAAUCUUGUUUCUUAUGAGCGAAGUCCUUUAGGUGCUUUUUGGCAAACUCCAAGCAGCGCUCGUGCCUUUUACUGAGGAGUGGCUUCCGUCUGGCCACUCUACCAUAAAAGCCUGAUUGGUGGAGUGCUGCAGAGAUGGUUGUCCUUCUGGAAGGUUCUCCCAUCUUCACAGAGGAACUCUGGAACUCUGUCAGAAUGACCAUCGGUUUGUUGCUCACCUCCCUGACCAAGGCCCGUGUCCCCUGAUUGCUCAGUUUGGGCAGACCUGUGCCUCGACACAAUCCUGUCUCAGAGCUCUACGGACAAUUCCUUCGACCUCAUUGCUUGGUUUUUGCUCUGACAUGCAUUGUCAACUGUGGGAACUUAUAUAGACAGAUGUGUGCCUUUCCAAAUCAUGUCCAAUCAAUUGAAUUUACUACAGGUGGACUCCAAUCAAGUUGUAGAAACAUCUCUUUGUUUGAUCAAUGGGAACAGGAUGUACCUGAGCUCAAUUUCGAGUCUCAUAGCAAAGGGUUUGAAUACUUACGUAAAUAAGGUAUUUCUGUUUGUUUUUUAAAUACAUUUGCAAAAAUUCAAAUAAACUGUUUUUGCUUUGUCAUUAUGGGGUAUUGUGUGUAGAUUGAUGAGGAACACAAAACAUUUAAACUAUUUAGAAUAAGGCUGUAACUUAAUAAAAUGUGGAAAAAAGUCAAGGGGUAUGAAAUCUUUCCGAAUGCACUGUAAGUCUAGAUGGUAGAGUGAUAUUCUAUAAAAUAUAAUGGUUCCCUGCAGCAGUCAUUUUUCAAUAUUACUUUAUGACAUGAAACCUCAAAUGUAAGGCCAGGUAUUCAUUUGCUUGCAACAAAGCAACCAAGCAAUAUAUGUACUGUAUAAAUUAAUUGUUGGUGUAAAUUGAGCUGACACAUUUUGUCUGUACAUAAAAUAUAUUUGUAAUAUAACGUAACAAAGCUAACAUGUAUCACUAUACAGUUGCAAUAAACAAUGUGCAGCUUC